CCUGAAUUUCUGGAUAUGAAGGAUGCCGAUAAGGCUUCCAAAGCUUGCUUCGAAUUAGCGAAAGCGGGCGAACGUCUUUGUCGAGAAGGGAAAUUCCAUGAGGCAAUUCCUCGUUUUCUUGAUGCGUUGAGGCUGGGAACUACCAACUUGUCCACGUUAUCUGCUAUCUAUUGCCAAUUAGGCAAUGCUUAUUUUUCCGUAAAUGACAUGGACGACGCAUUUAUUUACCAUUCAUAUGACGCGGUAGUUGCAAGGCUUAUGCAUGAUAGAUUAGGAGAAGCUAAAGCAUACGGAAACAUGGGUAAUGUGAAGAAGAUGAAAGAAGAGUUUGCUGAUGCACUUGAUCUCACCCGACGACAAUUAUCUAUAGCUAGUGAACUUGAUGACAAGGUCAGUUAG